GAAGAAAUGUCAACAGUUGGGAAUUUUGAAGGAUUUCAGCCUGUGUCUUUGAAGCAAGAGGGUGAUGACCAACCUUCUGAGACUGAUCGCCUGUCCGUGGAAGAGCUGGAAGCUGGCAAGGACCUAGUGCCAAGGCAGAUUUCCAGGCAGUCAAGUGUGACUGAAUCAACACUUUACCCCAAUCCCUAUCACCACCCUUAUGUCUCACGGAAGUACUUCGUUACACGGCCAGGGGCCAUUGAGACUGCCAUGGAAGACUUGAAAAGCCACAUAACUGAGACUUCUGGAGAGACCAUUCAAGGCUUCUGGCUCUUGACAAAGAUAGAUCACUGGAACAAUGAGAAGGAGAGAAUUUUGCUGCUCACAGACCAGAAUCUCUUGAUCUGCAAAUAUGACUUCAUCAUGCUCAGCUGUGUGGAGCUGCAGCGGAUUCCGCUGAGCGCUAUCUAUCGCAUCUGUCUGGGCAAGUUUGCCUUCCCCGGGAUGUCACUGGAUAAGAGACAAGGAGAGGGCCUUAGGAUCUACUGGGGCAGUCCAGAGGAGCAGUCCAUCUUGUCUCGCUGGAAUCCGUGGUCCACUGAGGUUCCUUAUGCUACCUUCACUGAGCACCCUAUGAAAUACACCAGUGAGAAGUUCCUCAACAUUUGCAAGUUGUCUGGGUUCACAUCUAAGCUUGUUCCAGCUAUCCAGAAUGCUUGCAAGGAUUCCCCCGGAUCUGGAAAAGGGAAGAGGCUGUCGGUGUUAACUGAACCCAUUUUGAUUGAGACCUACGCGGGGCUGAUGUCAUUCAUUGGAAAUCGCAACAAGCUUGGCUACUCCCUUGCCCGUGGGAGUAUUGGCUUUUGAGACUCUUUUUUGGUACCAUAUGUACAGCCCCCACAGAGUUGUCAUUAUGGAAGAUUCCAAUUCAGCCCACCGUAUUUUUUUCUGAAACAAUUAAUUACCUUUAAAUAGCACUGCAUUAUUUUGAAUAUCUAAUAUUUCGGGAAAUCUAAAAGCUUGAUUGAACUGAUAGAUCCACACUUCAGAACUCAAAGAAGAAUAAUUAAAUUUCCUUAAUUCUAGAAAAUAAAUACUGAUAAGCUCAUCAAA